GGUAAAGACAACAUCUCAUAUUUCACUGGUCAUCGUCGUGCGAAGAGCACGACAAGUUCUCGACAAAACUAUAACUGGAGCGCUCAAGAUCAAUGGCGAAACUUAAAUAUUGGUUUAGGUUAUGUUUACUGACGUUACUCGCAACCUGUGUGUGUGUGAUUUCGAGUAAGGGGUGCCCUAAAAAUUGGAAGGAACAUGGCAAUUCAUGCUAUCUUUUUGUAAAUCCUACUAUAAGAAUUCGGCUGAUGAGCUGGGAAGAUUCCAAAGCUAACUGUUUAGGUUAUGGAGCUGACCUAGUUUCUAUUCAUGAUCCAUCGGAAGUUAAUUUUAUUCACCAAGAAACAAGUAAACUAGGCAACCUUUGGUUCUGGAUUGGGUUAUAUCGUAACAAAACGACGAAUGAUGCAAAGGUAGGCUGGAUCUGGAGUGAUGGAAGUAAUUUGACAAAUCCUCAGUGGGCGCCAGGCGAACCGAAUAAUUAUCAGAAUAAUGAAAAGUGCGGAGAAAUUCAUGCAAAUAACAAGCUUUGGAAUGACAAUGAUUGUUCUAAACAGUUCGCGUCAAUAUGCAAAAGAAAAAAAGGUCUUCCUGAUCCAACCACCCCUACUGCUGGAACUCUUCCUCCAACAAAAUAUCCGCCGCCAAAAUGCGAUCAUGGAUGGGUUUCAUAUAACAGAUCUUGCUAUCGAAUUUUUUCCAAUCCAAGAAAUUGGUUUGGAGCAAAAAGCGCUUGUCGAGAUACAGGAGGACACUUGGUUAGAAUUGAUGAUGAUAAUGAGCAGAAAUUUCUAGCAUAUCAAGUUCUUCCGAGACGUGAUACGUUUUGGCUUGGCUUGAACGAUCUCGCCACUGCUGGACAAUGGGUUUGGGAGUUUCGUUCCAAUGAUUCUUUGGUUUUCAAAAAUUGGCAGACGGGUGAACCAAAUGGUUUAGGGAGGGAACGAUGUGUGGAAAUGUAUGGAUUUGCUCUAGCUGGUCGUUGGAAUGAUGCUUACUGCAAUGGACCCAAAUCUUACAUUUGUGAGAAGGAGGAAGGGCAAAAUAUAUGUCCUGAAGGAUGGAUCCCGUACAAUGAUACAUGUUACCAAUUUAACAUGCGACCCUCGCAAAAGAUGACUUGGACAGAAGCUGAAGCAGCUUGUAAUGCAAUUGGAAAUUUUGCAUCGCUUGUUCAAAUAAACAGUCAAAGUGAACAAGAUUUUGUUUCGAAACGAAUUAAAUCAAUCUCUAACGAAGACGCCUGGAUAGGUCUCAGUGAUCUUGGCCAUGAACAUGUGUUUCUUUGGACGGCCACAAACUCAGAAUUGGGAAGCACAGGAUAUAAAAUUUGGGCAAAUGGCAAUCCGACUGAAAAUGCAGAGAAUCGCGACUGCGUUAUGAUAUUAGGUGCAAGAAAUGACGGUGCAUGGUCGGUUAAAAAUUGUACGUUAAAAAGAAACUUUGUCUGUAUGAGAAAUAGAGAUUUGACGUAUUGUAAUGGGCCACUUGGAAUGGAAAAUGGAAAGAUAUCCGAUUCUCAAAUUACAGCCAGCAGUUACUCUCCUGGAAAUGAACCGGCCCGUGCUCGAUUACGUCACAGUGGGGCGUGGUGUCCCGUGAAAGCAAGUCAAGACGAAUAUCUUCAAGUUGAGUUUCCUUUCUUGGCUGACAUCAGGAUGAUUGUCACCGAAGGAAACCUGUCAGCUUACAAAUUGAAAAUUGGCAAAGAUGGAAAAACAUUCAAAGAUUACAAUGCAGCAAAACUGACUCUAAUGCAAGACGAGACUUAUAACUACACAAAAUUUAAUUCGUCGUUAAUUGCUAAAGCUGUUCGAAUUUUUCCAUUGUCAUGGAAGAAUAAUCCAUGUUUCAGGGUGGAGUUUGUUGGUUGUCGAGCACCAGCUCCACCGUCGACAGAAUGCAAGGGAAAAAACUGGGUGAAAGGGCCAGGAAAACUUUGUUUUCAAAUAAAUACGGAGUUCAAAACAUGGGAGGCUGCCCGCGCUACGUGUUUAGAGCGAGGAGGUGACUUACUGACCAUAACAAAUGAUAAAGAGAUGAAAGCAGUAGGACAUCAAAUCAAGCACUUGUUCCAUGAAUAUUACUGGAUUUCCCUUAAUGAACGUGAUUAUAUUAAUAUUUAUGAUUGGUCUAAUGGCGAUCCAAAUGGAAUCAUCGAAUGGGGAUCAGGAUCUCGUUAUUACGAGGAAAGAGCCUGUGUUAGAAUGCGGCGAACUGGAUUAUAUUGGAAUAGUGCAGACUGCUCUGAACGUCGACCUUAUAUCUGCAUGAAAGGAGAGCAUUCUAUUCGAAAAGAUUUUGUCGAAGCUGGUCCAACUGGAUUCUGGAUAAGCGGUGCAAGAUAUUAUUGGCCUCUAUCAACAAUUGAAAACAACAAGAUACUCGGUACUACAAUUGGAAAGGUGAAUGGUAAAGUAAAUCCGACAACAGGUGUAAAAGGAAAAGCGAACACAGCGUUACAAUUUUCCGGUGAAGGAUCGUACAUAGACCUUGGAAAAUUUGAUAAAGAAUGUUUUGGAAACACUGACUACUGCAUCUUCGGUUUAAGCCUGUCAUUUAUGGCUUGGUUCGAUACAUCUGCUAUAAGUUGGACCAAGCGAGUAAACAUUCUAGAUUCGUUGGGAGAUGAGACUACAUCUAAAAAGGGAAUCAGUGUCUAUGUUCAAAAUAAGAAUCUCUGGUUUGUGGUAUCGAGAACAUCUGGUUAUCAAAAGAUAUCUGUGCCAGUAGUCGACAAUGAAUGGCGGCAUUAUGUAAUGAGAUGGAACAACUCACUUCGUGUUUUCGUAAAUGGUAAAGAUACGCAAAGCGCACCAACAAGUGGUAAAAGUGCGGGCGAUACUUCAGUAAAAAGCUUUAAAAUUGGACUUCAGUCAGGGUCUGGUGCUAAAGCUGGUCUAGUAAAAAUGGCCAUGGUUGCUUUCUGGAAUACGGCAAUAUCGAACGAUGACAUUGCCUUGAUAUACACAACAGAAUUUGGAACUUGCCCGUUUGGUUGGAUAGAAUAUGGCAUGUCAUGUUACCAACUAAACAUGGAUACAAAAACGUAUAGCGAUGCAAGGAUAGCAUGCGAAAAGUCAGGUGGAGGUCUGAUGAAUAUUGGUGGUAAUGUUGAACAAGCAUUCAUCGGAACUAAACAUGAAGGCGAUCACGCGUGGAUUGGGGUGUACGACGAAGGUGACGAAGGGAGAUUUGUAGGAAGCGACGGUAAGCCGAUUGUUUACUCGAAUUGGAAUGGAGGGCAGCCAGAUAAUUGGCGGAAUAAGGAGGACUGUGGACAUCUGUUAAAAUGGGGGAGAUGGAAUGACUUGCCAUGCGGUUACAAAAAACAGUAUAUAUGUGAAAAAGGAAAAGAGUUAAAUUCGGCUAAUAUAACAACCACUGCUACUCCUGACAAUAGUUUUAAUAAAUCAGGCCUGGCUUGUCCUUACACCCGAACCACCAUUGGUUGUCCUUCUUCUUUGAUUAUAAAAAUUUACUCUGCGUAUUGGGGAAGAAGAGACAAAAAGAAAUGCACUUAUACCAGUGUAAAGCUCUGUGGCAAAGAUGUAACGCAAGCAUUGAAAACGAAAUGCGACAAUUUUGAAAACUGUGGUCUUCAUGCUUCUCCGACGGAACCAUAUCUCAGUGAUGUUUGUCCAAACGUUCAUAAAUAUUUGGAAGUUGAUUACGGCUGUACAACAGGAACUCUAAGCAAUAGGUGCCAAUCCGGAUGGAAAAAUUUUAAGGACAUGCCAAAUCGUUGUUAUCGGUUGUAUGAUUCGCCUAAAACAUGGAGUGAUGCCAGAAAGACUUGUAAAGAUGCUGGCGGUGAUCUUAUUACUAUUUCUGGAAAAUUAGACCAAGAAAUUGCAACUAGUUUAAUGGAGCGGGCUUGGUAUUCAAACGUCUGGAUUGGGUUACAUGAUACAACAACAAAAGGUAUCUAUGAAUGGUCAGAUGGUUCUCGUGUCUCGUGGGUAAACUGGUAUGUUGGACAGCCUGACGAGAGACGUACAGAUAAGAGUUGUGUGUACAUGAGCCUAGAGCGAGCAAAACGUGGCUGGAUGUAUUGGAGAGAUUCGAACUGCACCGAUACAAAUGCUUUCAUGUGUGCAUAUGACGUCGGAAUAACUCAAAAGCCGGCAACUGUUCCGACAGUGUUCCCUGGAAAGUGCCGUUCUGGUGGAUGGGUCACAAAGGACAAACUAGCUUAUUGUUAUUAUUAUUAUGGCAGGAUAGUAAGUCGAAAGUGGUUGGGGGCAAAAAGUAUCUGUCGUAGCCGCAGGGCGAAGCUUGUCAGCAUACAAAGUAUAGAAGAAAAUGAAUUUGUCAGGAAUUUAUCGAAUAAUACAAUAUGGCUUGGUUUGGAAUCGAGAGGAGUUUUUCGAGGUCAUGUAUGGUCAGACGGUCAACCAGUUCGCUAUACUAAUUGGGCUGUGGGUCAACCUGACAGCUACAAUGGUCUCGAUGCCUGUGUAGAGAUGAAUUCAGAUACUGGAGUUUGGAGUGACAAAGAUUGCAACGAAGUUAAAGAUAUUGUUUGCAAGGUGGCUAAAACACUUGCACCAGUCACCAAGACCCCGGUAAUCUAUCCAACAGCAGGUUCUCCUUUAUGUAAGAGUGGUUGGACAUUGUUCCAAGGGCAAUGUUACAUUAGAGGAAACGCUACGGCCAGCGAUUAUCUAACAUGGCAGGAUGCUGAGAAGAAAUGCCAAGAUCUUGGUGCCAAUAAUGGCCAUCUUGCUAGCAUUAGAAAUCAACAGGAACAACGUUUUAUUGAGUUUCUUACGAAAUCUAGCACAAGUUCAAAUUUUUGGAUUGGUUUGAAUGACCUUGGAACAGAAGCGGAGUACAAGUGGAGUGAUGGUUCUUUGUAUAACUACGCAAACUGGGGCCUUAGCGAACCGAAUGACUAUAGUCGUCAGGAAGAUUGUGUUCAUAUAACAUCGAGUAGGAAGUGGAAUGAUCACCAUUGUCAAUUGAAGUUCUCUUUUAUAUGCAAGGCGUAUAACGAAACAUAUAAACCACCUGUUAAGCCAACAGCACCACCUAGACCCCCACAUGAUGGCUACUGUCCCGAAGGAUGGAUUGCUCACGCCAAAUAUUGUUAUCAGUUCCAUACUGACCCCAGUGAAUACAGAACCUGGGAUGACGCAAGAGACGCCUGUGAACGAGGUCACAAUUCAAGUUCUUUUGGUGAAUUAGCCAGUAUUCACGACGAGUUUACAAACUCUUUCAUGACAAUUCACAUAAAAGGUGCCACCAACCAUUUAUGGAUUGGUUUGAGCAACAUUCAUGGUUUUGGGUAUUUAUGGCUUGAUAAUACAGCUUUCAAUUACAUGAAAUGGAAUACACGGGAGCCAAGGUUUGGGUGGAAUAAAUGUGUCGAGAUCGUACCUUUUCCUUACUCUUCUGGUCGGUGGAAUUCUAUCUAUUGUUCCAAGUUGAACGGAUACAUUUGCCAAAGAGUUGCUUCAGAUACUCCUGUGACCCCAACACCAACAGUCAAAGCAUCCAAUUGUAAAAACGGUUAUAAAAGUUUCGAUGAAUCCUGUUUCAAAUUUGUUAAUGAUAAGAAAACGUUCGAUGAAGCCAGGAAAGUCUGUCAAAAGGAAAAUGGAGAUUUAAUGACAGUUGAUGAUCAAUUCAGACAAGCUUAUCUUAUCUAUUUGCUGGAAAAACGUUUUGUCAACGUAUGGAUUGGUUUCUACCACGAACCGUACGUUUCAUUUAAAUUUGUGGAUCACACUUCUCCGAUGCACACAUAUUGGGGACCUGGUCAACCAAGCCGUCAACUAGAUCAACGCUCUUGUGUUCAGGCGAAUGUAACUGGAUCAAACUUUGGUGUCUGGGAUGACAUGGACUGCGACAUUGCUAAUCCAUUCAUUUGUGAAAUUUACAAAGGCGAGCCAAAAGUUACAAUUCCACUAAACGGAACCUGUCAAAAUGAUUGGACAUUACAUAAUAAGCACUGUUACAAGCAUUUCACGAUGGGACGAACUUGGUCUUCGGCACAGUACGAUUGUUCUAACCAAGGUGCCGAUUUAGUCAGCAUUCACGAUGACAGAGAGCAAGAUUUCUUGCUUUAUUAUUUUCAAAGCAAGCAUCCGAGCUGGAUUUGGAUAGGUUUAAAUGAUCGAGAUGUGGAGCGAGGAUACCGAUGGAUAGACAACAGUCCAGUAGAUUAUUUAAACUGGGGAAAUGGCGAACCAAAUGAUUAUAACCGACGUGAAAAUUGUGUGGAAAUGCAAACGAGGUCUGGACGGUGGAAUGACCUGUCGUGCAGCCGGUAUCGUGCAUACGUGUGCAAAAAGAAGUUAGAAUGUUUUACGCCCAUACCUCUUGAUCCCUCGAUGGUAACAGUAACGGAUUCUUCUAAUGCGACCAGUAUGGGAGCUGAACAAGCUAUUAUUGCAGACAAGAAUGACCCGUAUACCUCUUGGUGUACAAAUAAUACGUCUGGAAGUGCCAUGAUCAAGAUCGAUCUUAAUCAAUUGGUCCACGUAACGGGAAUCACAGUCAUGGGACGAAGUAAUCAAUUUGUCAAAUCUUUUCGAAUCGACUACGAACGUGAUGAAAAUUGGCGUGUAUUUUACCCAAACCGAGAUUAUCAAACCACAUUAGAUUUACAACACUCGUGGAAGCCCACGACCAAGAAAUUCAGAUAUCCAUUCGAAGCUGAUGGACUAUCAAUCACUCCUGUCACUUGGACCGGGGAUCUGAUUUGUAUGAGAAUAAGACUUCAUGGGUGUCCAUAUGUUUGUCAAAAGCAACUGUUCUUGUCCUCCCCUACGAGAAUAAAAGAUAAUGUGAUAUCAGCAUCAUCUACCAAAAGCCCUACUAAUGCACCAAAACAAACUGCAAUACAAGGCCAUUCGUGGUGUGCUGAGAAAAACGACAAAUCUCAGUGGAUCCAGUUCUAUUUCGACAAAGAAAGCGUUAUAUCAGUUAUUCGAACAUUUGGAGAUAGAAAAGAAAAUUAUGUAACGAAGUACUUCAUACAAUAUGGCGAGGACGGGAAGAAGUGGUCGAACUAUACCGAACAUGGGGUUAAACGGAUUUUCCAAGGAAAUAACGAUGCCCAUAGUCCUGUAAGACACACUUUGGCCAACAAAAUCGAGACAUCUUAUGUUCGAUUAAUCCCACUCGCUUGGAAUAACAAUAUUUGUAUGAGGAUUUCGUUACUUGGAUGUCUGGCAGACUGCGCUCAACCAUUGCUUGCCACUGGAAGGAUCCGCAACCUCCGAUCCUUUUCGUCGGAUAAGAAUUCAAAACCUGAGGAUGCCUUUUUUAAGUCUGGAAAGGCUUGGUGUACCGAAAAAACUCCAUUCAAGGAACAAUAUUUAGAGUUUAGGUUUGGCGUCCAAUACAGACUUUCCAAGAUUGCCACACUGCCUAGUCCUACUAGUUUUGGGAAAAAGGGCGAAAUUUCUACAUUUACUCUAAGAUACAAAAAAGGCAAAAGUUGGUAUAUUCAUGGUCCAAAAGGUCAACCGAAGGUGAUGACUGCCGUAAACAAGGAAAACAAAUCAAAUCCAAUGUUUAAUGCCCUCACAGACUUUUAUCGUAACCGGAAAGGCUUACGCACAAAUGGAAUAAGAAUCUAUCCAGAAUCAUCCACGGGAACGUCCAUCUGUAUAAAAGUGGAAUUAUUUGGGUGCCUCGCUGGUACUGAAAUAAUUCCAACAACUCAGUCAACUAAACCAAAGCCAAAGGUUGUGAAAGUAUCUUUUCGCAUCACGAGCAUUGAGUGGAAUGAUAAACUGGGUGACUCAAAGACAGAGGAAUUUGCUAAAACGAGUGAAAAAAUUAUAAAAGCGGUGGAAAGUGUCUACCAAGAGAGUGAAUCUUUUCGAAAAGUGAAAGUUAUUAAGUUAACCAAAGGAAGCGUUGUCGCCGUAGUUCAAUUGACAUUUAAUCCAGAAUUUGCAACGGAUAACGAUACGUUAGUACUAAAGAAUGCUGUAGAAAGUGGUAAAAUUGGAUCUCUUGAGGUGGAUAAAAAUUCGUAUAAAUAUCUAGGAGAUGCUGAGACAAAAGCUCAUACUGGAGAUGGUGAUUCAGAGGGUCUAUCUGGUGGAGCGGUUGCCGGUAUUGUUAUUACUGUAUUGAUAUUAGUGGCUCUUGCAGCUGGUGCUGCAUUUUUCCUGUAUCGACGGAAAAAGGCCAAGAGCUUAUUUGCCCCUAAACAUUUUGACAACCCGAUUUCAUAUUCUUCUAAAGCUUACGAUAUGGAUGAUUGAAUAACGACCUACCUAGGUGAAGGUGAAAAUUUUGAAUGGUAAAAAACUGUAUAAUGAUUUAAACAGUUAUACAGUUUUUAAUAUUUUAGGUAUAUAAUUAUCAAUGACAGGAUUUUAUAAUUUGGUUUUAAUUGGCUUAUUUUUUAAUUCUAGAAAUGUAAAUAAUCCCCAUAUGGG